AUCCCUCCGCGGGCCCGUUCUCUGCAGACUGUUUUGGUCUUGCUUGUGGAAACCGUGGAGAUUUCAUCCUGGUCUUGUCUAUUAGACACCUGAUACAUAUUCUACUACCAGCCCCGGCUUCUGUUGUCAGGCCUUCGCUGUUUUAUUAGCGUUAUAUUUUUUUUUUAACGUUGUUGAUUUAAUAAUUUUAACCUAGUUAAGUCGCUGUCACUCUUAUUUUAUUGGGCUCGUCAGCUGUUACGAAUUCUGGUUGUUUAUGGGACCGUCAUGUCCAUGAAGCAGGCUGGAAAUAACCGAAAGCCCGGCGGAGGUAGUGUCCCUGCGGCUGGAGGAGGCGGAGGAGGAAGACAGAAUAUGGGCAGAGGGCGCAGCAGUGGUAAAGGACCCCCUCAAACAAUUUCCUUUGAUGGAAUCUAUGCAAAUAUGCGAAUGGUCCAUAUUCUGACCUCUGUUGUGUGUGAUUUGGUACUCGACACAGCUCAUGAGAAAAAUGCAGAUUCUAUUCUGGGGCCCAAACGGGAAGACAUUUUGGAUAGCAUUUUGUUCAAGUCUUCUGAUUUUAUUAUGGUGCAGUUUAAAGACAUGGAUGUCAAUUUUGCAAAAAGAGAUGGUUUCACUGAUUCUUGUAUCACUUCAAAGGUGAAUGGUGAACAUAAGGAGAAAGAUCUAGAGCCAUGGGAUGGCUGUGGGCUUAUUAGUAACAGCACAUCAUCACCCAAAGAGGAGCUGGAGUCGUUAGAUAAUGAUGUUUCCAAUGGUUGGGAUGCCAAUGAAAUGUUUCGUUUUAAUGAAGAAAAAUAUGGCGUUGUGUCAAGUUACGACAGCAGCCUUUCAUCCUAUACGGUUCCUUUAGAGAAGGAUAAUACUGAUGAGUAUUUAAAGAGGGAAGCAAGGGCAACACAACUUGCUGAUGAAAUUGAGUCAAGCUCUCAAUACAAAGCUCGUGUUGCCUUGGAAAAUGAUGAUAGGUCAGAGGAGGAUAAAUACACAGCUGUUCAGCGCAACACAAAUGACAGGGAAGGGCACACUGUGACCACUAGGUAUGUAACAUGGAUGGCAACCUGCAAGUUUUGUCCACCAAGGAUGUCUCCAAAAGCACAGCGGCAUCCUCGGACCCACAGAAUUUCUAAUGGUAGGGGCACAAUUUCUGGAGGUUUAGAAUUUGUUUCUCAUAGUGCACCUGGUGAGACUUCUGCACCACCUGUGACUCGAAAUAGCUCAUCUGGUGGAACCUGGUCAUCUGUUGUUUGUGGAGUUCAAAGAUUGUCUCCAAAGACUCACAGACCAAGGUCCCCAAGACAGAGUGUUAUAGGCUGCAGUGCUGCUGGAUCAGCCCUAAAUGCUUCCCAAUCUGGUACUCUCUCAUCUGAAUCUGUUUCCUUGCCAGUGCCUGCUGCAUCCCCCUCUCCUUCUAGCACCGUAUCCAACAGAGCAGUUACUCCAUCUUGUGAAGCAAAGGAAACCAGAGUACAAGACCAGAGGCACAAUUCUCCUGCUGGCACAGAGAAGUCAUGUGAAUCGUCUAACCUUUGUAAAUCUGAAAGCAAAGUGCCUCCAAUGGUUUCAGAACAAAAGAAACAGCUGGACGAUUUAAAGAAGUUUAAAAAUGAUUUUAGGUUACAGCCCAGCUCCAGUCCUGAUGCUGUGGUUCAACUGCUUGGUAGAAAUCGUGAUAGUGUUGAGAAACCCAGAGAGCUCACAAAGGACAAAUCAGAUACAACUGAAAAGGAAACAACCUUUGAAAAUGGCAGCAAUGCUCCUACCAGUAACGGCAGCAGCAAGCCUAGCAGUCCCAGCAUCUCACCAGCCAUCAGCUUCAGUAGCUCCGAGCACAAAAGAUCACCAGAAGUUACGUCACAAGGUGUGCAGACCUCUGGACUUAAUGCCAAACAGGAACGCGAAGAGAAAGAUGACAAAAAGGAAAAUGCGGCAGAGCAAGUAAGAAAAUCAACUCUAAAUCCCAAUGCAAAGGAGUUCAAUCCACGGUCAUAUGCUCAACCCAAACCAUCAACAACUCCAACUUCUCCCCGUCCACAAGCUCAGCCUAGUCCAUCAAUAGUGGGUCAUCAACAGCCAAGCCCUAUAUACACUCAGUCAGUGUGUUUUGCUCCAAAUAUGAUGUAUCCUGUUCCCGUAAGCCCUGGAGUCCAGUCACUUUAUUCGUUAUCGAUGACACCGAUGCCCGUCAACCAGGCUAAGACUUAUAGAGCAGGUAAAGUCCCAAAUAUGCCCCAACAACGGCAAGAUCAGCAUCACCAGAACACCAUGAUGCAUCCAGUAUCAGCAGCGGGACCUCCUAUGGUACCUACUCCCCCUGCCUACUCUGCUCAGUAUGUCACUUACAGUCCUCAACAGUUUUCUAAUCAGCCUCUCAUGCAACAUGUGCAACAUUACCAGUCACAGCAUCCACAUGUUUAUAGUCCUGUUCUACAGGGGAACACCAGGAUGAUAUCUCCACAAACUCAUGCACAGGCUGGUUUAGUUUCCUCAUCUGCAACACAGUAUGGUGCGCCUGAGCAAGCACAUGCCAUGUAUGUUUCAACCAAUUCUUUAGCUCAGCAAUAUGCACACCAAAAUGCUGCUCUGCAUCAACAUCCUCCUCAUCCUCAACCUUCAGCAACACCAACAGGUCAACAACAGAACCAGCAUGGUGGAAGUCAUCCAGCCCCAAGUCCUGUACAGCAUCAUCAACAUCAAGCUGCUCAAGCACUGCACUUGGCUAACCAACAACAACAGUCUGCGAUCUACCAUGCUGGAUUGGCUCCCACUCCCCCUUCCAUGACUCCAGGCUCUAAUGCACAGUCCCCACAAAACAGUUUCCCAGCACAGCAAACUGUAUUUACCAUCCAUCCUUCGCAUGUACAGACAGCCUAUACCAAUCCACCUCAUAUGGCUCACUUGCAACAGGCUCAUGUACAAACAGGAAUUAUUCCUUCUCAUCCAGCUGGUCAUCCCAUGAUGCUGAUGACUACACAGCCACCAGGGGGCCAUCAAGCUGCUCUCGCACAAAGUGCCCUACAGCCCAUUCCUGUUUCUACAACUGCCCACUUCCCUUAUAUGACACAUCCUACAGUUCAAGCACAUCACCAACACCAACAGCAACUCUGAAGAUGGAACAUUAACAUAGAAAAGGCUGGAACAGUUUUAUAGGCCAAAAACCCUCCCACCUUCUGCUGGCAUCUAGAAUUUCUUAUUUUUAUUUAAAAGAAAAAAAAAACUUGUUUUUUUGUAACAUCCAAUAAGAAUGCUAACCGGUCACCUUGCAGUGGGAAAGUUCAGACUGAGUAACAACUGGGCUUGCAGGCUUACACAGUGCUCUUCAUCAGUUUUACAGAAGCUCUACCUUUGCUUGCUGGUAACUGGAAGUUAUUUAUUUUUAACAGCCUUUCUAAGUUAUGAACUCAUCAGCUAGCGAAGGAAGUAACACAAAUGAUUCUUGCUGCUAUCUUCACUUUAAACAAAAAAAAAGACAAAAAAUCAAGAGAAUAAAAUCCCUUUUACUUAUAACAAAACUUGAAAACAAUUCAGAAAAAAAACUUAUUGUCAAACUGAUGGGUUAUUAUUUAUGAAUCAAGUUUGAUGAUAAAGCCGCUGUCCCAGAAAAGCGGUGAAACUUUUAAGUUAAGAAAAAUAACUUUUACUUUGUAGAUAUUAAAAUAAAAUCUAAAAAAAAAUUAAAAAUUAAAAAAGUUUUAAAAAACUGA